GCGGAAGGAACCGCCGGGGGCCAUGGACGGGGCCGUGAUGGAAGGGCCGCUGUUUUUGCAGAGUCAGCGUUUCGGGGCCAAGAGAUGGAGGAAAACCUGGGCGGUUCUCUACCCGGCCAGUCCCCACGGUGUCGCGCGGCUCGAGUUCUUUGACCACAAGGGGUCGAGCUCUGGAGGUGGCCGAGGGAGCUCGCGCCGCCUGGACUGCAAGGUGAUCCGUCUGGCAGAAUGUGUGAGCGUGGCCCCCGUGGCGGUGGAGAGCCCCCCUGAGCCUGGCGCCGCAGCUUUUCGCCUGGACACCGCACAGCGAUCCCACUUGCUGGCGGCCGACGCCCCGUCCAGUGCAGCCUGGGUGCAAACGCUGUGCCAAAACGCCUUUCCGAAAGGCAGCUGGGCCCUGGCACCUGCCGAGAACCCACCCAAGCUUUCUGCCCUGGAGAUGCUGGAGAACUCGCUGUAUAGCCCCUCCUGGGAAGGAUCCCAGUUCUGGGUAACGGUGCAGAAGACUGAGGCCGCUGAGCGCUGUGGGCUGCAUGGCUCCUAUGUGCUGAGAGUGGAGGCGGAGAGGCUGACUCUUCUGGCCAUGGGGGCCCAGAGGCGGAUAUUGGAGCCACUCUUCUCCUGGCCCUACACUCUGUUGCGUCGCUAUGGCCGUGACAAGGUCAUGUUCUCUUUUGAGGCUGGCCGCCGCUGUCCCUCCGGCCCUGGAACCUUCACCUUCCAGACGGCACAGGGAAAUGACAUCUUUCAGGCAGUUGAGACUGCUAUCCACCGACAGAAGACUCAGGGAAAGGCUGGCCAGGGGCAGGAUGUUCUCAGAGCUGAUUCCCAUGAAGGAGAAGUGGCAGACGGGAAGUUGGCUUCCUCCUCGGCCCCUCUGGAGCUCCCAGGCAGCCCUCCAGCCCUGUAUGCUGAACCCUUAGACUCCCUGCGCAUUCCUCCAGGCCCUUCCCAAGAUUCCCUGUACUCAGACCCCUUGGACAGCACCCCUGCUCGGGCAGGGGAGGGGACACAGUUAAAGAAAGCUCUCUACUGGGACUUGUGUGAGCAUGUGCAGCAAAAGCUGAUAAAGGCCAAGUUGACAGACCCUAAAGAAGACCCCAUUUAUGAUGAACCUGAGGGCCUGGCCCCAGCCGCUCUCCGGGGCCUUUAUGAUCUGCCUCAGGAGCCCAAGGAUGCAUGGUGGUGCCAGGCUCGGGUGAAGGAGGAAGGCUAUGAGCUCCCCUACAACCCUGCCACGGAUGACUAUGCUGUGCCACCCCCUCGGAGCACAAAGCCCUUCCCAGCUCCUAAGCCCCAGGGCCUGGCCUUAUCUGAAUCUGGUGCUGCAGCUGGCAGUGGCAGCCAAGGCCGUAGCUCAGACACUGCCCUGUACAGCCAGGUCCAGAAAAGCGGGGCCUCAGGGAGCUGGGACUGUGGGCUCUCUGGAGCAGUGACUGACAGCACUGGGGCCAAGUCAGAGGGUUCCACGUGAGACCUGGGCGAAGCUGAGGCUGCUGACAGGAGGACCAUGGGGAAGGAGCACGGGAUCAAAGAAACCUGUUAGGACCAGCAGGAACCAGAGGGGCCUGUGUGCAGAGACCAGGGUACAAGGGGAGUCAAGGGAAGGACGAUCUGUCCCAAGAAGUCAUGGAAGUGGGACAGAGUCAAAAAGGGGCUCAGGGAUGGGAUCUGGGGGAGGCCAGCACCUCCAAGUCAUCCCCACCAAAGGAAGGGAUAGCUGCUGGAGCACAACUAUAGAAAAGGGUAUUUGGUCAGAGGAGGUGUGGUUUGAGAGGCUCGUAUGCACGUAAAGGGAGACACUGAGUUGUGUCAGGAUCCCUCCCCCUUCAUUGUUCUUUACCAUGUAUAUAUAUAUAUUUUUUUUCUUUUUUUUUU